AUGGCGUAGAAUUUAGAAGAGAUUGAGCAGACAUACGAGGCUCUGAAAGUUAUCUUGGAGGAUGAAGAAACUUUCAACCACGUAUGCUCAGAAGUUUUCAAGACCAUUGAUGUUGAUGGUAGCGGUUCACUUGAAAGAGCAGAGAUCAGAAAUUUCAUUAACAAUAUCUGUCAAGAGAUGGGCAUGAAGAACAAUCCUGACGAUAAAACUAUCUAGGAGGUGUUUUCAGAGCUUGAUGAGGACGGUAGUGACGACAUCUCAGUGGAGGAGCUUAAGGGAUUCUUGAGAAAAUUUUAGAUGUCUUAGAAUUAACUCUUCAGCGACCAUACUUCUUAGCUGAAUACUCACCAAAAGCUCACCUAUGAGCAUGAAUCUGCUGCAGAUAGACCUACAACUGAUGGCACAGGAUUGAUUCACAACGAAACUCAUAUCAUAGGCAAUUAAAUGGGAAUAUAAUAACCAAUAAAUGGAGAUUAUGGGAAUCAGAUCAAUUAACAUCAUCCUCAUCACGAAGAAAUUAAGGUUAAUUAAACUCCAAUGGGCUAUGGAAUGCACAAUUAAGUUAAAUCAGAAGAAAUUAAGUAUCAUUCCAACUAAGAUAGUUCCCUCAAUAUUGGGGAUGAUGGAAGCCGAAGCAAGGUGGGCUUGGUCACAGCAAAUACUUAUCAGGCAGCCAUUCUCAAUAAAAAUCUCCCGCGCGGGUAUAGGAUUGAACUUGAGGAGAACGUUUGGAAAGCAGUCAUUCAAAGAUAAAAUCAAGCUCAAGCUUAAGUGAAGAAAAAUGCUUAGAAAAAGAAAAAGGUAGGCAGCGGAUACCCAAUCGGAAAGAAACAAACUAGUUUAUAAGAAGGUAGUUCAAGGGGUGGUUCAGAAAUGGGAGAUGACUUAGCAGACAAUCAAAACAAAUCUGGACAGAGAAUAUCUGGAAGAGAGAGAAAGCAUGUAAACUACAAUAGCAUGGCAGCAGGUACUGGUGAAUUAAGUGCGAGUAUGGAUUACAAUGAAGUUAGUGGUUUAAAUCAAAAGCCAGGACAAAAGAAACCCUAAAAUUUAAGCCCUAAGAGUGUUAAGGCUAAGAUUUCUACUCUUAUACAAGGAUUAAAAAAUCACCCAAGUAUUUCACUAUUCCUAUAGCCACUAGAUCAUGCACAUCCUAGAUUUCAAGAGCUAUAAUAAGAUUACAUAAACCUUCAUAAAAUUGAGUAUAACUUCAUUGAUGGCAAAUAUUAAACGACAUUUGCUCUUGGAAUUGAUUUUAGAAAGAUGUUCUAAAUUGGCUAUAAAAUUCAUAUUGAUGAUCCUAAUAAGCAAGCAAAGAUAAAGCAAAUUGAGCAAUACUUCGAUUAAAUUUUCCAAGAUUUAGAUAAUAAACAACUUCCAUCAGCAGAUAGAUUAUAAUAAGGCUUCUAGCCAGAACCUUAAGCUUUCCCUCAACCAAAGAAUCAGCAAAAUUUGAAUAAAAAGAUAAAUCAAAUGCAAUAAGAAAUUAAUAAGAUUAAAGAAAAGAGUUAACAACCCAAGAAUGCAAGAACUUAGUCAUAAAUAGCUAGCACAAUCUAGGUUGCUCUUGCUUAGAAUCACAGUGAUAAACCAAUGACUCCUUAGGAGAAGGUAGCAUUAAAAGAUUUGAUAGGCCAUUUAACCCCUGAGCAAUAGAGAGGAAUAAUCGACAUUAUCAAGGACAGUAUUAGUUAAAACAAUAAUGAAGUGUUUGAGUUUGAACUUGAUCAAUUACCUGUCAGAAAGUGUAGAGAACUUGAUGCCUACGUUAAAAGUUGCAUCAAAAUAAAUCAAAAGAAGUAAAAGAGGAAAGAAGCUGAUGCCCAGAGAAGAUAACUUCAGAAAGCUUAGGUUAAUAGUAGGAUGCAAUAACAAUCCCAAAUUGCAGGGAUGCCACCUCAAUAAUAGCAAAUAUAGCAACCUCAACAAUAUCAAAAUCAAAUGAUGGGAGUACCAGGUCAACCUAUGAUGACUCAAUAGCAAAUGCCAAUGCAACAAUACAUGCAUGGAUAGCCUUAAUAAAUGCCAAUUUAAUAGUAGCCACAUUAAAUGGCUUAAGCUCAAGUUAUGAACUAGAUGCCUCAUUAAGUCAUGGGUCAACCUAUGAUCUAAUAAUUACCAGGACAGCCAGGAUACAGGGCAAUGGGAGUUUAGUAAUAACCAGCCCCUGUAAACCAAAAUUUCUCUUAUGGAAGAAGAGAAAAUUUUAAUCAAGAAAGCGACUCAGAUUCAGAUAGUGAUGAUAGUGAAUCUGAUGAUGACAAUCAAAAAAAGCCAGCACCAGGAGCUCCUGGAGCUGCAGGAAAUAAAUCUAAUAAUAUCAAUGAUAUGUGGAGGAAGCAAACUCAAGGGCCCAAUAUCUAAUGA